GGGGUAGAAAAACAGAGUGGUGGACCUGCAGCGCUGUAGAAAGUGAGACAGACGGACAGAGAGAGGUAGCAGAGACAAACACACACACACACACCCCCAACCUGACUUUCUCUCACAAGACACAAACACACACACACAGACAAGCAGGUAGGCAGAGGAGCAGACCUGACAUUUAGCAGACACACUCAUUCAUCCGCAUACACUCUCUCACACAAUCAGCAGCGGCAGCAUGUUUUGGUGGAGGCUCCCCCGGGCAGUGUGCAUGCUGUCGGCAUGCGUGUGUCUCGUUCUCGCGUACGGGGAGGAUGACUUUGAGGUCAACUACGCUGACCCCUACUACAAUGAAAUCACAGAGGGAGACGCGCCAGAACCCACGCCGAGCUCGGCCCCCUGUAGUUCUUCAGACCUGACCAAAUGGGACAAGAUCUUCUCGAUGCUGGAAAACAGUCAGAUGAGGGAGAACAUGCUGCUUCAGUACGCAGAUGACAUCAUCAAGGUGGAGAUGGGGUCACUGCGCGGAGAAAUGCUCAGGUUCGUGGCCCAGUAUGGUGGCUCCUGUGGGGUUGCAGUGGAGACAGCAGGAAGAAGGAUGGCCUUGCAGCUGGAGGGCCGCCUCAGAGAAACCCUUGAGCGCCUCAAAUCUAAAGAUCUGACUUCUUCUGCUGCUGCUGCUGCUGCUGGGAAUUCUGUCGGGAAUUCAAACCACCUAGAGGCGAUGCUACAGCAGCUCCUCUCAAUAGCAAGAGCACAAGCUUCCCGACUCGCCAAACUGGAGACCGGGUGCUUCAGCAGCCCAGGAGCUGGCACGAGUCCAAAGACAGGAUCAGACAGCAGAAUACCUGUGAACCAGGAGCAAGAGGUCACGUCACGAGAGCACGCACUAGACGGGGUGCUGGCCGCCCUGCAACAGACGAGGGUCGGCCUGGAGGAGGUGCUGAGGUCAUCAAGGCAAAGAUACCUACCCGCAGGUUGUGAGAUGGCGCUCCUCUUCCCCAUGCGUUCCCGUCGUAUCUACACCUCUGUCAUACCGGACGUCCCUCUCUCCCUCUCCUCCUUCACUGUCUGCAUGUGGGUGAAGCCGACCAUCGUCUCCAACAAAACCGUGCUGGUCUCCUACGGAAAUCGCCGCAACCCAUACGAGAUCCAGCUGCUGCUCGGUCAAACAUCAGCGCUCCUCACCAUCGGAGGAGAGGCUCACCUGGUGGAGGCACGGGGUGUGGUGAACCCAGGAGUCACAUCGGAGUGGAUCCACUUGUGUGGGGCUUGGUCAUCUGAGAGGGGACUGGCAUCCCUGUGGGCAGGUGGGAAAAAGGUGGCCGCCACACCCGGAGUGGCUGAAGGACACGUCCUACCCGACGGAGGCUCACUCCAGCUGGGGCAGGAGAGGAACGGCUGCUGCCCUCUGUCUCCAAGCGAGAGUAGGGUGCCAGGGUUUGAGGGAGGGUUCGAUACCAAGCUGGCGUUCGCGGGGAAGAUGUCAGGGGUGAAUAUGUGGGACAGGGUGCUUUCAGAGGAGGAGAUUUCCCAGCUGGCUUUGCAGGAGGGCCAGGGCUGCGGGCAGAGGGGAAACAUAGUGGCGUGGGGAGUGACGGAGAUGGUGCCACAUGGAGGCGCUCAGUUCAUCAACUAAUAGAUUCAUACUCUUCAUCAGCACCAAUGAAUAUCAGCAACAUCGUAAUAAGCUUUCACGCUAAAACUGAAGAGAGAGCUGAUUUGAUCAUCAUCAUCUUUGUCCCUAGAGUUUAAAUGUUUUCAUUAUGGUGUUAUUAUCAAGACUUCAUCAUCUCCAUCGCUAUGAACACUAAUGCUGCAAUGAACUUUACGGGACAGGUUCAACUGAGAGAAAGUCAAAACUGUGAGAAGCCGAAGUUUAUUUUUGUAACAUAACCUUUUGAUCUGUUGCCAUAAACACACAUACACACAGACACACACACACACACACAAAGAUGUACAUUUGGCUUUGAAAAAACUAAUUUUCUAGCAGGAAAAACCUUUACCAAAGACUUAAUUAGACUGCCAGAAAGACAAAGCAUCCAUUGUUUAAGUGUGAACUGGUUCUGAGCCAGUAAACAGCGUAAUCACCAGACAGCCAUGCAGGAAGGCGGAAACAAGAUGACACACACAGUUUAAGAGAUUGUCUUGCAGCUGUAGAGUGAUGUAUGUUUUACAGGAAGAAUGUGUUUCACUCUUUCUAACUAAGUUCUAAGCAAUGGCAAGUCUCACAGUCUUGUAGGUACAGUUAUUAGAAUUUGACGAUUCCCAUUUACAACUGAGAGCAGAGGUACUUUACUAAUGUGUUAACAUGUGAUGUAUGAAAUACCCCAGUGACUGAAAACUGCUGUACUUCCUUCCAUGCCCAACUUGAGAGAAAUGGCUUCAAAUGUCAUGAUGUUUUGUGACUUAUAAUUUCAUUAUCAUAACUUUCUUGAAUUUGUGAAAGCUUCUGACGCAUUUUUAAGAUGUUACAUUGCAAAACUUUGUGUUUACAUUAAUAUGAGUGUUAUAAUUCCUGUUCUGCUUUGUUAUUUUCUUUCUGUCAGUAGGACUCAUUUAAUUUUAGGGUAAUAAAUGUAUGUCGUCUUUUUUUAUUGAUACUGCAUAAAGUAACAAGAGUUGAACUGUUAUAUUUGUGAUGUGAGAUUGACAUUGUUUUUAUGAAUUUGAUAAAAGAAACUGAGGACAAUGUUUACAUGACCUAAUCUUUUAUGAAAUAAGUUGUCUUGUAUUAUACUGUAAAUGGCUUUUGUUGAUCUUGUGAAAAGUUUAAACUGAAUGUAUUUUGUACAUAAAUAUAUUUUGCAUAACAUGAAUGGAUGAAUGGAGCUUGAUGUAUGAAUAAACAUUACAAGUUAUGGUAUGUUCCUGG